GCCGGGCCAGUGGCGGGAAAGGCUGCAGAGCUGCUCCUGAGGGCUGCUCGCUCCGUGGGGCUCCGGAGGACCCACGGGGAGUGGGCCUCACCGUUGUGUCCCGACUGUCUCCACCCCGUUUCUCUGCGGGCCGGCCCUCCGGUGCGUGGGCUUGUACACGAUGAACUGUGAACUUCUCGCCACGUGCAGUGCCCUUGGGUACUUGGAGGGAGACACGUACCACAAGGAGCCCGAUUGCCUAGAGAGCGUGAAGGAUUUGAUCCGCUACUUGAGGCAUGAGGAUGAGACUCGGGAUGUGCGGCAGCAGCUGGGGGCCGCCCAGAUCCUGCAGAGUGACCUUCUCCCCAUCCUUACCCAGCACCGCCAGGACAAGCCUCUCUUCGACGCUGUCAUCAGACUCAUGGUGAACCUGACACAGCCGGCCUUGCUGUGUUUCGGCGGUGUACCUAAGGAGCCCGGCCUGCGGCACCACUUUCUGCAGGUGCUCUCUUAUCUGCAGGCCUACAAGCAGGCCUUCGCCAAUGAGAAGACCUUUGGGGUCCUCAGUGAAACCUUGUAUGAGCUGCUGCAGCUGGGCUGGGAGGAACGGCAGGAGGAAGACAACCUGCUGAUUGAGCGGAUCCUGCUGCUGGUCAGAAACAUUCUCCAUGUUCCAGCCGACCUUGACCAGGAGAAGAGGAUCGAUGAUGACGCCAGCGUCCAUGACCAGCUCCUCUGGGCAGUUCACCUCAGCGGCCUGGAUGACCUGCUCCUCUUCCUGGCCAGCUCUCCUGCCGAGCAGCAGUGGAGCCUGCAUGUGCUAGAAGUUAUCUCUCUUAUGUUUCGUGACCAGAACCCUGAGCAGCUGGCGAAAGUAGGGCGGGGGCGCUUAGCUCAGGAGCGGAGCGCGGAUGUGGCAGAACUGGAGGUGCUGCGCCAGCGAGAGAUGGCAGAAAAGAAGGCGCGGGCCCUGCAGCGGGGCAACAGGCAUUCUCAGUUUGGGGGCUCCUACAUUGUCCAGGGGUUGAAAUCCAUUGGGGACAGGGAUGUCAUCUUUCACAAAGGCCUGCACAAUCUCCAAAACUACAGUUCUGAUUUGGGCAAGCAGCCCCGCAGGGUCCCUAAACGCCGCCAGGCUGCCCAGGAGCUGUCCUUGCAGCGCCGCUCCGCCCUCAAUGUGAGGCUGUUCCUUAGAGACUUCUGCUCUGAGUUCCUGGAGAACUGUUACAACCGGCUCAUGGGCGCGGUGAAGGAUCACCUGCUUCGUGAGAAAGCUCAGCAGCACGACGAGACCUACUACAUGUGGGCCUUGGCUUUCUUCAUGGCUUUCAACCGCGCCGCCUCCUUCCGGCCAGCCUUGGUUUCGGAGACGCUCAGCAUCCGUUCCUUCCACUUCAUCGAGCGGAACCUCACCAGCUACUAUGAGAUGAUGCUGACGGACCGCAAGGAAGCGCGAUCCUGGGCGUGCCGGAUGCACCUGGCUCUGACGGCCUAUCAGGAGCUGCUGGCCACAGUGAACGAGAUGGACCUGUCCGCAGAGGCGGCCGUGCGGGAGAGCAGCCGCAUCAUCAAGAACAACAUUUUCUAUGUGAUGGAGUACCGGGAGCUCUUCCUCACCCUCUUCCGGAAGUUUGACGAGAGGUGCCAGCCCCGCUCUUUCCUGCGUGACCUGGUGGAAACCACCCACCUCUUCCUCAAGAUGCUGGAGCGAUUCUGUCGGAGCCGUGGGAGCCUGAUGGUCCAGAACAAACGAAAGAAGAGGAAGAAGAAGAAGAAGGUUCCUGACCAGACUGUAGCUUCUGGUGAUGUCCCACACAGCGCAGAGGAGCUGGAGGCUUUGUGGCCAGGACUGGCUGAGCAGCUGCAGUGCUGUGCCCAGGAUCCUGAGCUCAGCGUAGACUCCGUGGUCCCCUUUGAUGCCGCCUCAGAGACCCCAGUAGAAGAGCAGCGGGUGGAGGCCAUGGUGAGGAUCCAAGACUGUCUCCUGGCUGGCCGGGCCCCGCAGGCUCUGACCCUCCUGAGAUCCGCCCGGGAAGUGUGGCCGGAAGGAGGUGUGUUUGGCUUUCCAGACGUUUCUCUAGAGGAAGAGAUGCAGUUGCUGAAACAGAUCCUGUCUGCCCCGCUUCCUCGGCAGCAGGGCACAGAGGAAGGAGGUAUGGAAGAAGAGGAGGAGGAGGAAGAGGAGGAGGAAGAAGAGGAGUUGCAAGUUGUGCAGGUGUCAGAGAAAGAGUUUAACUUUCUGGACUACCUGAAACGCUUUGCAUGCUCAACCGUCGUGCGUGCCUACGUGCUGCUGCUACGGAGCUACCGGCAGAACAGCGCCCAUACCAACCACUGCAUUGUCAAGAUGCUGCACCGGCUGGCCCAUGACCUCAAAAUGGAAGCCCUGCUCUUCCAGCUCUCGGUCUUCUUCCUUUUCAAUCGUCUGCUUAGUGACCCUGCUGCUGGAGCCUACAAAGAGCUCGUGACCUUCGCCAAGUACAUCCUCGCCAAGUUCUUCGCCUUGGCCGCGGUCAACGAGAAGGCCUUUGUGGAGCUGCUGUUCUGGAAGAACACCGCUGUGGUCCGAGAGAUGACCGAGGGCUACGGCUCCCUGGACGGCAGGUCUUCCGGGUGCAGAGCUGCGGCCUGGAGCCUGGAGGAGGAGGCCCAGCUUCGGGAACUGUAUCUCACCCACAAGGAUGUGGAAGGUCAGGAUGUGGUGGACGCCAUCCUGGCCCAGCUGAGUACGGCUCGGACGCGCAAGCAGGUUGUCCACCAUCUGGUGCGGCUGGGACUGGCUGGCAGUGCCAAGGACUUCCAGAGGAAGGGGAUCCAUAUCGUACUGUGGACAGAAGACCAGGAGCUGGAGCUGCAGCGGCUUUUUGAGGAGUUCCAGGGCUCAGAUGAUGUCCUUGGCCAUAUCAUGAAGAAUAUCACAGCCAAACGCUCAAGGGCUCGAAUCGUGGACAAACUGCUGGCCCUGGGGCUGGUGGCUGAGCGGCGGGAGCUGUACAAGAAACGGAAGAAGAAGUUGGCGCAGUCGUGCACGCCGGAUGGGGAAGAGUCCCUGAAAGAUUCUUGGCAAGAUCCGGAAGAGGAGGAGAACUUGCCAGAGGAGGAGAGUGAGGAGGAGGAGGAGGAGGAAGAGGAGUCCUGGGAAGCAGAACCAGCCCACGGUCACCCAGUCCCCUCAGCUGAAAACCUCGGCCAGGGCCUGCGUCGGGAAGGCUUUUCCGCCCCACUGCUGUGGCUCCAGAGCUGCCUGGUUCGAGCAGCAGAUGACCGGGAGGAGGACGGCUGCUCCCAGGCAGUUCCACUGGUGCCGCUGACGGAGGACAGUGAGGAAGCCAUGGAAAACGAGCAGUUUCAGCAGCUGCUGCGCAAGCUAGGGAUCCGGCCGCCCGCCUCUGUGCAGGAAACCUUCUGGCGCAUCCCAGCCAAGUUGAGCCCCGCCCAGCUCCGCAGAGUGGCUGCGUCUUUGAGUCCGCGGAUGGAGCAGGAAGAAGAGAAGCCGCAGCCAGAGUUGGAGCCGCGCGUUCCUGCGGAGCAAGGGCCCAGUGGGGAGGACCAGCGAGAGAACCGGGCAGAAGCCCUCAGGGCCCUCUUGGUGGCUCGUAAAAAGAAAGGACUGGUGUCCCUGGAGGAGGAGGACGGAGCUGCUGAUGGGAACGAGCAGCUGAAGGUGGCGCCCAGGAAGCGACAACUGCUGGGCAGUGAGGAGGAGGAGGAGGGAGAUGAGGGCCGAAGCCAAGCGCCAGACCCGGGAGCUCCCGUGACCCCCAAGAAGAGGCGGUAUCAGGUUGAGGAUGAAGAUGAGGACGAUGAAGAGCCGCAGGCCGAGGCGUAGAGCUGGAUGUGGUUUUAGAUGCUGAGUUUAAGUCCGAGUUGGGAGGACCGGAAUCUAUUCUUAGAGGAUGCGAGCCUUAGCCUGCCGGGCUGUCCCGUGGAUUUAGGGCCUGGGCAUUUUCAGUCAGCAGUGUUGGAGGGACCCUUUGCAGUCCGUCCUGGCUUCUCCCAGUUUCUUUUUGUAUCCGCGGUACUGGGAUUGGACGCAGGCGCUCCCGCGUGCUAGGUGAGUGCUCUACCACAGAGCUCCAGCCCCCGGCCGUCUUCCUCUAUCUCCUGACGCCCAGCGUGGAGCUCUCUGGAAACGGGCUUCUGCUUCUCCUCUUCUCGGAACCUUUUUGUCAUUGUUGUCACUGAGACUCUUAGCAGACGAGAGCAGUAAAAUACGGAAGUCACCCUGGACCCCUGUCUUCUCGGCGGGUUGGUUGGUUUUGUGGUGCUGGGGAUCGAACCCAGGGCUUCUUACACAGCAGCCAAGCACUCGCGUUCAAAUGCACCCCCCGCCUCCUCAGUGCUCUGUUCCUUUCUUUUUCUAUUUUUAUUUUUGAGACAGGGUCUCACUCUGCAGUUCAGGCUGGCUUUGA